GGGUUAACUCCCGGCCAGGCUAUGCUCAGGGCCCCAGGGCUGGCCCAGGAGCGGGAGGGGUGGGCCUGGAAGGUGGAGCGGGCUUGGCUUGCAUUGGCUGCCUUUUCCAAGACAGGAGUGCAACUGCUUGCCCAGCUGGCCUGAGCGUAGUGAACUCAAGUCUCCUGGAGGAAUGGCUGGAAAAGCCCACACCUGGAGGACCCUCCCUCCCUGCCCCUCCACGGCAGGUCGCAUCUGGGAGACGCUCGGGGCUCGGGUCCUCAGAGGCAUGAGUGACAGUGAGCAAUUCACCCGCUCGCCAGCACUGGGUGGAGAGCAGCAGGCAAGGAUGGAUGCGAUCGACAGCUUCCUUGUGAAUGGGAGCAACAUCACUCUGCCCUGCGAACUAGGCAUCGAGAAUGAGACGCUUUUCUGCUUGGAUCGGCCCCUCCCGUCCAAAGAGUGGCAGCCGGCCGUGCAGAUUCUCUUGUAUUCCCUGAUAUUCCUGCUCAGCGUGCUGGGGAACACCCUGGUCAUCACGGUGCUGAUUCGGAACAAGAGGAUGAGGACCGUCACCAACAUCUUUCUGCUGUCCCUGGCCGUCAGCGACCUCAUGCUCUGCCUCUUCUGCAUGCCUUUCAACCUCAUCCCCAACCUGCUCAAGGAUUUCAUCUUCGGCAGCGCUGUCUGCAAGACCACCGCCUACUUCAUGGGCACGUCUGUGAGUGUAUCCACUUUUAAUCUGGUCGCCAUAUCUCUGGAGAGAUACGGUGCGAUUUGCAAACCCUUGCAGUCCCGGGUCUGGCAGACGAAAUCCCACGCUUUGAAGGUGAUCGCCGCUACCUGGUGCCUCUCCUUUACCAUCAUGACUCCGUACCCAGUUUAUAGCAACUUGGUGCCUUUUACCAAAAACAACAACCAGACGGCGAACAUGUGCCGCUUCUUACUGCCAAGUGAUGUGAUGCAGCAGUUCUGGCACACGUUCCUGUUGCUCAUCCUCUUUCUUAUUCCUGGAAUCGUGAUGAUGGUGGCGUAUGGAUUAAUCUCUUUGGAACUUUACCAAGGAAUAAAAUUUGAUGCUAGCCAGAAGAAGUCUGCUCGAGAGAGGAAGGCGAGCACCGGCAGCAGCAGCGGCAGGUACGAGGACAGCGACGGCUGCUACCUGCAGAGGCCGCAGCCCCGCCGGCAAGCAAGCUCCGCCACCAACCUGCUGGCCAAGAAGCGGGUGAUCCGCAUGCUCAUGGUCAUCGUGGCGCUCUUCUUCCUGUGCUGGAUGCCCAUCUUCAGCGCCAACGCCUGGCGCGCCUACGACCCGGCCUCGGCCGAGCGCCAGCUCUCGGGGACGCCCAUCUCCUUCAUCCUCCUGCUGUCCUACACGUCCUCCUGCGUCAACCCCAUCAUCUACUGCUUCAUGAACAAGCGCUUCCGCCUGGGCUUCCUGGCCACCUUCCCCUGCUGCCCGCACCCGGGGCCCCCGGGGGGGCGGGGAGAGGCGGGGGAGGAGGAGGGCAGAACCACCGGGGCAUCUCUGUCCAGGUACUCCUACAGCCACAUGGGGGGCAAUGCCCCCUGAAGGCAGAAGGGAGCAGGGGUGCUGAGGGAGGGAGAGAGGAAGAAAGCAGGAGCCAACAGUAGGCAAGGAAGUGAGAGAGAAGAGAGGCUCCCUUCCAGGGGGAACUAGCCACGGUUGCUCCUCAUCCUGCCUCCUGGUGCUGGGAUGGGGCCCUGGCUUGUUUUCUUGAGUUCAAGGCAGGACAUUUUCCCCUAACAUCCUCAGGAGGAAACCUCAGCAGGCGGGGCACUGAGUCCAGCAGGGUUCAUGCUGCCAAUGUAAUUGCCAGCACACAUUCCACCUGGGGGGGAGGGGGCCUCCUGAGCUUUAGAAGGUUCCAGGCUAUCAAAGGUGGGCUCUCACUCAUGUGACACACUUCUAGACUCUGCUGAUGGGGAGUUGGGGCAGCUGCUUUGCCCCUGGGGAGUCUAUCCCUCAUGUGUGUUCUCUAGUCACCCCCUCAUCGUGACCACAGAAGGGAAGAGGGAGCAACCCCUCCCCUGGCUAUUUUCUGUAGUAAGAGAGCAGCUUGACUUUAUCUUCUUGAGGUCCGUCUAGGACGUGCAGAGACAUAAGUGUGUGCUGUCAUCAGAAUAGCACAAGAAACUGUCUCAGAGACAGAAUUUGGAAUUCAUGUUUCCCAAAUGAACAGAGAAUACCAGGCAAAGCAGCUGGAUCAAAUGGUACCCUGCGAUAAGGAGUAGUGAGUGCCAGAAGGCAUGUAGAAUUUUUGUCCACAUUAAUGCUAUCUAUUGCUUAAUUCCACUUUCAUAUGGUGAUAUUAAGCCCCGUGGCUUCUUUGCCUCAAAUUAAUUUUUCUUACUCAUCUGGCACUUCCUCUGUUUCAGAAAGACCUUCGGGUUACGAAGGAGAGUUGUACACUCCGCGUGCCUGGCCCAGCGUGGAAACACGCGUAGUCGGGCCCAGAAUAAAAACUGGCAUCCUUGGACUCCGUUAACAAAAUAGCUUUUGAAUUCGAAGCUGCCUAUGCCUUUAAGUGCAAUCUACCCUUUUGCUAAUAAUUGUAUUGAUUUUACGUACAUGUGUAAACUGAACAUACAUGUUCUUUAUAUAUAAGUAUAUUCUUUGGUGAGUGUUUAAAAAAGAAAAGUAUAUGGAUGCUGGAAUUCAGCAGUGUUAUAAUUUUACAUUUCUGUGCAACAGUUGGAGUUUCAUGUGAUCAUCUUGUCUUUGCAAAAUCAGUGUUGAAAUCUCUCUCCUCCAAUUUACAAAUCUCAAAAGAUAAAGAUGUGAGCUCUACAUUUAGAUAACAAGAAAUGCCUUUCUAGACUAGAAUGUGUCAGUCCAGCCUACCAGCACUUCUUUCUUUUGCGGGGUGGGGGCCACACUGUCCUGUCUGCUUAAAUAAAUUAACAGGCAUUUUUGACUAAAACAAGUUUACAUGCUAGCGUAGGUAAAACAAAACAAAACACAAAGCAAGCUAUAGCUUCCAUGGCUCCGAGCAUCUAACAAGUGAGCUUUUUUUUUCUUCUCUUUUUUCUUGUUUUCAUGGGGCCUGACAUGUUACUUCUUAGUACACAAGGGCCAGUGGUUUCAAUUAUUGAAAAAAAAAUCACUGUGGAAGAGAGAAAGGGAGGAGAAUGGCAAGAAGUGAUAAUGAAUGGGGGUAGGGACGUUGUCUAAUUUAAGAAGAUAGGAGUGUCACCAUUUGUUUUUUGGGGGGGUGAGGGGAUGGUCACAUACUAAUGGACAAGAAAUUGGAGGACAUAACUAUUUAUCAUAGGAGACUUUUCAAGUCAGAUGUUCGUUUUUUCUAUUCCUCAGACUGCAAUAUAAUGUUAAUAUUCAUAACCAGUCAUCUCAAAGAUUUCAAAGUAAAAAUUCAGCUGCUAAAAUGGUAAUUAUAAAAGGAGUAAGAAAUUGAAAAUGUCUAUAAUAUUUGAGUAAAUCCUACAAAAUCUACAAUUUUUCUACUAGAAGAAGCCUUCCCCUCUGACAGUGUUAGCAUAUAAAUGAAGAUAAAUGAGGCCCCCCAUUCUUGGAAACUCUGGAAUUUCCAACGGUGUAAUAACCUAAGAAUAGGUUGCUAGAUUUAGCAAAUAAAAAUACAAGAUGUUUGAUUAAAUUCUAAUUUCAGAUAAAGUACUCAUGCUAAAAUAUUUUUUAGUGGAAGUAUUCAUGUCCCAUGCACUAAACACAUUCCUAUAAAGUAAUUUUUGACUCACAUAAAAAUAUAAACAAGAUUUCCCAGAUAUAGACCAAUAAAAUACCCCCUUCACUAAAUUUCUUGGAAGGUCUUUCAUGCAAUAAAAGCUUUUUAAAAAUAAAAUAAGAAAAAUACUAUUAA